CCAGAGGGAAGGUGAAAUGGAGUGAGGUGGGUGUGUAGGGGCUGGGGCCAGUCAAGCAUGACUGCUCCAGUCCUGGGGAACGGGUGCACCCAGGACGCCAGCUGGACCCAAAGGCGGCCUGCUCUCCUUUCAGUCCUGAUUCGCAGACGUCCCCGAGCAGAGCAUCUGUGAGGGUAUCCACCAGUGCCCCAGUGGCACUCUGCCCCAACCAUGACUGACGAGAAGACCUUCCGCAUUGGCUUCAUCAUACUGGGCUUCUUCCUGCUCGCCCUGGGCACCUUCCUCAUGAGCCACGACCGGCCCCAGGUCUACGGCACCUUCUAUGCUAUGGGUAGCGUCAUGCUCAUUGGGGGCGUCAUCUGGAGCAUGUGCCAGUGCUACCCCAAGAUUUCCUUUGUGCCCGCCGACUCUGACUUCCAAGGCAUCCUGUCCCCGAAGUCGAGGGACCUGCUGGAGAAUGGCCUCUCUGCUGAGAUGAAGAGUCCCCAGCCCCCCUACACCCGACUGUGGGAUGAAGCUGCCUAUGACCAGAGCCUGCCUGACUUCAGCCACAUCCAGAUGAGGGUCAUGGGCUACAGCGAGGACCCCCGCCCCCUGCUGACCUCCGAGCCCAGUGGGCCACAGCCGGGAGCCAGCUGUGGAGGAGAUGGUAGCCCUGGCGACACUCAGGCCUGGAUGGAGGCCUCAGUGGUGGUCCACAGGAGCUCAGAUGAGGACGAAGGAGAGAGAGACCCAGCUCAGAGCCAGCUAGGCCCACCACCCUGUCCCCAGGGUCCUGCACCCUUGGCUUCCUUCCGUGAUGACCUGGAUGUGGGUGCCAGUGAGGACAGCAGCUCCAGCCUAUCUUCAGUGCAAGAGGAGGGGCCUCGAGCCCCAGUCGGGGAGCCUUGGGUCUGUAGGUACAGGCUGGACGGCUUCCAGGACUUCGCCCUGAUUGACGCCACCACACUAGAGGAUGAGCCUCUGGAGGGGCAGCAGCAGCAGAAGGCAGCCCUGCCCGGCCCCAGGCAGCAGUCCCUGAGGACAGAGGAGGAGCAGGAGGAGGAGGCCUCAAACACGGACAUAGGGGAGCCAGAGCAGGAAGAGGAAGACUUGUAUUAUGGGCUUCCGGAUGGCCCCGGGGACCCUCUCCCUGACAAAGAACUGGACUUUGAGCCUGACACCCAGGGCUGAGAUGGACCUGCUUCCUGGGCAUGGCUGUUGACCCCAGAGUCAGCUCACAGGGACUGAAUUUCUCCUCUGCAAAACGGGGUUUAGGAGGCAGGUUCCUCAUAGACCUGCACAGGCAUUUCACAGAAGGCCCCUGUCCCAGCAGUGGUUUAGAAUCACAGGUGAAAUUAGCUUCCUGGCUUCACUCAGUUUGACUCAGGUGCCAUUUACUGAUUAACCGAGCAUCUUCUACUUGCCAACUACUAAGUCUGGGAUCCUGAGGGGGUUAGGGCAAGGGGAAUGAAACUGACAGCCAAGCUCUCUUAGGGCGUACAACCUAGAGCCUACUUUCCUGUGAGUGAGUGGCAGAGUGCCGACCAGAAGCCCAGGUGUGAGCAAGGAAGUGAAAUUUGGGGCAGGGGAGACAACAUAAUGGUUCUGCAAAAGAUUUUCAUGCCUGGGGCUCUGAGAGUCCAGGUUCAGUCCCCCAGGACCACCACAAGCCAAGCUGAGCAGUGCUCUGGCAAACAAACAAAAAGGCAAGCAAAUAAACAAAUCAAAGUUGGUAGAACCAGAGGAGCAAAGUGACAAUCACUCAAGUGUCAGGGAUUAUUGAGUGCAAGGACAGACAGACAGAGAAUCCCUGAAAAUGUUGUAGCACCCUGGAGUAAAGCUUUUAUUAAGCUGAUCUCUGCCAAGCCUCUCUCCCAGCACCAGGAUAGUGACACUACCUCAGGCC